CGUCUCUGCCCUUCAUCAUCCUCACCCUGGUGAACUCCCCCUACAAGAGAGGCUUCUACUGCAACGAUGACUCCAUCCGCUACCCCUACAAGGCUGACACCAUCACCCACGGCCUCAUGGCCGGGGUCACCAUCAGCUGCACUGUCAUCAUUAUCUCAUCAGGGGAGGCAUACCUGGUCUACACCGAGCGUCUCUACUCCAAAUCAGAGUACAACAAUUACCUGGCUGCCCUCUACAAGGUGGUGGGCACCUUUCUCUUCGGGGGAGCCAUCAGCCAGUCCCUGACUGACCUGGCCAAGUACAUGAUCGGCCGUCUGAGGCCAAACUUCCUGGCUGUGUGCAACCCUGACUGGUCCAAGGUGAACUGCUCCAUCUAUGUGCAGCUGGAGAAUGUGUGCCAGGGAGAGAGCAGGAAUGUCACCGAGUCCAGAUUGUCCUUCUACUCGGGACACUCCUCCUUUGGGAUGUACUGCAUGAUGUUCCUGGCGCUGUACGUGCAGGCCCGCCUGGUGGGGAAAUGGGCCCGGCUGCUUCGUCCCACCAUCCAGUUCCUCCUCAUCGCCUUCGCCAUCUACGUGGGCUACACGCGGGUGUCCGACUACAAACACCACUGGAGCGACGUGCUGGUGGGGCUGCUGCAGGGGGCUCUCAUUGCCGUCCUCAUUGUUCACUACGUCUCUGACUUCUUCAAGCAGCGUCCGCCCCGGCAGUGCGAGGAGAAGGACCCAGAGCGCAAACCCAGCCUGCCCCUGACCCUGACUGACCCUGACCACAAUCACUACAGCUACAGGGGAGCCCCGUGAGCCAGCCCUGCCCUUUGCCAUGCUCCUGGCUCUGGGCACAGCUGGCUCUGGGCACAGCUGGCUCUGCCUUCACCAUUGGCCCCACGGCUCCGGUGCCUCUGGCUGACACUGGCACGGGUGGGACAGCCCUGCCUGCUCCCACGUGCCCAUAGUGAUGCCAGCACCCUGCCCAUGGGGAGGGGAUGUCCUCCCUCCCUGUGCACCUGAGUCACACCCCAAGGCUGCUGUCCCAGCCCUCUGUGAGGAGGGAGGGAGGGGAGGGUGGCACGUGGGAGUGGAUUUUGGAUUUACUGGGCUGGCAAAGCGCAAGAGCAAACUCCUGGGGUGGGAAGGCUGAGCCUGCCUGGGCCCAGUGUGUGUUGUCCCUGUCAAAUGAUCCAGCCAUACACAAGUACAAAUCCUCACAGGCACAGGGGGAGCAGGAGGGCUAGCUGUAGUGUUUUGGAGAGGAUUAAAGCAAUCCAGAGCUCCUCUCUGCUCCAUUGAUUACCUUUAAGAGCAGCCCUGCCCGCCAGCAGCUGCUGUGAGCAGAGGGUGCCUGGGCAGGCUCUUCCCUGGCUGUGCCCAAUUCUGCAGUGCUGGGAGCCAGAGCUGUUUGCCCCCUGCCUGCUUCACGCCUGGCUUGGGCAAGGAGCUGCUGCUCCAGCCUUUGUCCCUCCUGCAGCUUCAGCUGAUGCUUUAGGGUGUGUGGCGGGGCUAGGGGAGACAUUUUCUGUGGUAAAGGAAAAUAAAAACGGGGAUGUGGAGCUGUCCAAAUGUCCUGGGAAAGCGGGGGCAAUGGGUACAGAGCAGUCCCCUCACUGGCACGUGGCUGCCUCCAGCACUGCAGUGCUGUGGGUCUCUUUUUAAAGUACAUGCAUUUUCAUUAUGAUGUUGUUUUUAAAUUAGAUCAUCCUUAAAGAA